AUUCUGUCUCACAGUGCAUCCACGAAGGCCGCGGGCAAAGAGGCCAUGAACGAUAAAGAUAUCAGAAUUUGAUUUCCCCAAGAAAGUCAAGAUGGAAAUGGAUCCUAUUAGAAUAUGUACGUUCCUUGACUCUGGAAGUUCCAAAAUGCACCGUCCCGGCAAAAUCCCAAAGCGUUUCAAAAUAAAUGUAGCCGCAUUAGUUCGCGUCAAACAAACGGAUUUGCCGCUGAAUUUCGGGAAAGAAAACUGCUUACUUGUGACUUCAGCUUGCGCUUUUCGUUUAAUCACACUUCCAAGUUCCAACCCCUUCUUCCCCUCACGGUGGCCGGGACGCACUUCUUCCGCUGCGGCACCCCUUCCGACAUUCUCCUUGCUGGUCGGGAUUUUCGUUAGAUCUGGGUCUUGAUCUGUUGUCGGGGAAGCCUUUUGGAUUUUAAGAUGACCAUCAAUAGGGUCGCCAAUGUCGGUUCCAAUUACCAGGAAGGUGAUUCUGAAAAGCGAUCCCUUGGUUGUGGCCGCCAUUGCCUCGGAAAAUGCUGCCUACCUGUCUCAAGGCUUCCUCUUUAUCUGUACAAGAAAGAUGGCAAUGUUCCCAUAGAAACCGGGGUGGUGGAAUCCUCUGAGGAAGCUUCUGAAAUAUCAUUCCUCCACAAUCUCUUGUUUGUAGAGUGGGAAAAUAGAAAGAAUCGGGGGCUUUUCAGGCAUGAUGUGACCAUCAAUGAGACAAAGUCCAUUCCUGGGCAACAUGGAUUUAUCGUACAACUGAAUGAAGAGCGCCUCCUGAAGAAACGACCUACUGAGUUUCGAUUGGAUCAAGUUCUUCAGCCCUUUGAUGAUAAUAAGUUCAAUUUCACAAAAGUUGGACAAGAAGAAGCACUCUUUCUGUUUGAGCAGAGCAGUGACCGCAAGAGUCAUUUUGUUCCAGAUGCUCUAGUUGAGAAGAUAUCUACGUCUCCCAAUGUUGUUGCAAUUAAUGUGAGCCCGCUUGAGUAUGGACAUGUCCUUCUCAUCCCCCGUAUCCUGGAUUGCUUGCCUCAGAGGAUUGACCAUGACAGCUUCCUGCUUGCUAUGCAUAUGGCUAAAGAAGCUGCUGAUCCUUAUUUUAGAGUGGGUUACAAUAGUCUGGGUGCUUUUGCCACUAUCAAUCAUCUACAUUUCCAAGCAUAUUAUUUAGUAGCACCCUUGCCGGUUGAGAAAGUCCCUGCACUAAGGAUACCGGUAGACAAGGGACUUCAUUCUCGAGGCAUUUGCAUAUCCCAACUCUUGAACUAUCCAGUUCGAGGACUAGUUUUUGAGGGUGGAAAUUCUAUACAAGAUCUGUCUGAUGCUGUUGCUUGUAGGCUUGUUUUCCUUCAGAGUAAUAACAUCCCUUUCAAUGUUCUCAUCUCUGACUGUGGGAAGAGGAUAUUUCUAUUCUUUCAGUGUUUUGCGGAGAGGCGAGCACUGGGGCAAGUGAGCCAGGAGAUCAUAAAUGCUCAGGUGAAUCCUGCUGUGUGGGAGAUCAGUGGACACUUUGUGCUUAAGAGAAGGGAGGAUUUUGAUGCUGCUUCUGAAGCAUAUGUAUGCAGGCUUCUUUCUGAUGUUUCUCUGUCAGAAGACAGGUUUCAGGAGGUCAAGUCUUGUAUCAUGAACCUAAAAGUGGAAGAAGCAUCAGAUUUAUCCUAAGCUAAUUUGUGGGAGGAUUACGUGGUUAAUGGUGAACUUGUUCAGAACCAUGAAACAGCUGCUGGUAUGCGUGGAGUUGGUUAGUUGAACAACGAAAAAUGACGUCUGGACUGAGUUUCCCAGGAAGAAACUCGUUUUUUAUGAUGAAUAUAGGUUUGUGUAGGAUUAUAAUUUAUUGAGCUAGCUACUAAGAAAGAUCUGAGACUUUACGUAGACUCUAUCCAAUAAAAAAUAGUAUUAAAUAAAAACAAUUAUUAAUAUUUAUUAA